AAAAAAUCGUGUUUUAAUUUUAAAAAGUCACUUGUGAAAAUGCUAUUUUUUUUUUUUUUUUUACAUUUAUUUAUGUCUUUGUUCGAGUACAAACAAUUUCAGUAACAAGGUGAAUUAACAUUCAGCAUUUCUGAAUGUCCCAGUUUGAACCCGCCGCUCUAACUUUACAUUGGCGUCAGUUGACGGACUGUCUAGGUAAAACCUAUGGGUAAAACCUUUUUAUAGGCUCUUUUGUGGAAGAAAACUGUUAGCAACGUAACUAACUGAAUAUCAAGCCAACUAACUGGAAAUGGCAAGCGAUACCAACACCUCUUCUUGGAAAACAACCGUUAUAAUCAGCACCUCACCUCAGUGUGAUGAACCCUCACAGAUACUUUUAGCGCAGCAGCACAGGAUUCGCCGCUCGGAUAGCAUUCUGUCCUCAUCUUUUGUUUUCCCCUUGUCAGGUACGGCUUUCUUGCUAGUCACACUGGAGGAGUUUUCGUGUGAGCUUGAGAAUACAGAACUUUUUGAGAGAAUUGAGAAGUUUGUGCACGUCCAUAGAAACAGUUUUCUUCUGCUUCAAGCCCCAGUCUAUGGAAAAAGAGAGUGGGACAUUUUCUCAUCAGUGCAGAACAGAUUCCUUGGCUGUAACCUCAGAGUCAUACCUGUGCAUAAUACAGCUGAUGUAGUGAAGGGAAUGCUGAUCAUCGCUAAGGCCACAAGUAAACCCAAUGUGGAGAAUUUGAGAGAUCAGAUGUCUUUGGCUUGUGCUCAAAUCAUUGAUCAUAGCCCAGUUUGGGGGAUGCUUCAAGAGAGAGAGUUCUAGUGAUAUUUAUGUUCAUGUCCAUUCAUUUUCUUAAUGUUUUGCUAUACUUUUUUUUAACAGCAGAUGUCAGUAUUGUUUCAUAGUAAGUUGUGUAAAAACUGUUAAUUGCUAUUCAUACUUUGUUCAUAUUCUUGUAAAACUUGUUUCUUUCAUAAUAGCCAUUCUUCAUUAAAAACAAAGUAUAAACUUUGACAGAGGAAAAAUCACCACCUUUUUUGUGAUGAAAAAGACUGAAGAGUAUGAAUACAGUAUUGAAAAUAUCAAUAUUGUAUCUUUCACAGGCAAAAUGCAGCAUGGUACAGGGAAUGUAAAUAAAUAAAUACAUUAUUCA